AUGACUGACGUUGAGCCGGAGGAUACGCAAGCCUCAUCACGGAGCAAAUCUAACGAUCGACGAGAUCGGAAAUCCCCAUCGCGAGACGACCGCAGACAGCGCAGCAGAUCACCCCGACGGGACAGAGACAGAGACAGAGAAAGAGAAGGAGACCGACCACGUCGGAAGGACGCAGGCUUCAAAUGGAAAGACAAGCGACGAGACCACGGCGGAGACCGGGACGAACGUCGGGACCGAGACCGCGGCUUGCAACGAGGCUACAAAGACCAUUACCGGCCCAGGUCGAGGUCAAGGUCACGAUCGCGCUCUCCCCCUCCACGACGCCGGUCGCCAAGAAGACAUGACAGCGAUCGUAUGGACAAGCGCGAUUCAGAUGACCGCGCAUUGAAAGAACCGGGAGAGAAGGAGGCGAAAAGCGAAAAGAAGGAGAAGAAGGAGAGGAAGCCAGCGCCGCCGCCCGCUCCUACACAACCCAUGAUCAUCGUCUACGUCAAUGACAGACUGGGAACGAAGAAGGCGAUUCCAUGCUAUCCUACGGAUCCAAUCAAGGACUUCAAAAUCAUCGUUGCAUCCAUGAUCGGGCGACAGCCGCACGAGAUCUUGUUGAAGAGGCAAGGUGAACGCCCCUUCAAAGAUCAACUCACCCUGCAAGACUAUGGUGUCAGCAACAAUGUGCAACUGGAUCUCGAGGUCGACACCGGCGAUUGA